AUGAAUUAUAAUUAUUAUCGAACUCAACACGAUAAUUUAAGAGUGAUACAUUAGAAUUCACUAUCUGUUGGGAAAUUGAAAAAGGGAAUAGUAUUUCAGAAUUAUCCUUUCAAUCCAGUUUAAGGUUAUAACUCCACAUUUUAAGUACGUCCACAAACAUCUUAAACCUAACCUGUCAAGAAACCCUCCACUGCUUAAGUGAUAAUAAAUAAAUAACCAAAUAGUCGAUUCGCCAUGUUCCGAGAGCCGCAACAUCUCAGAGUCAGCGGUAACCUAAUAUGCUCUUUUCAGAGUAACCUAAUAAUAUGGAGAUGGAGACAAAGCCAAGUAAGAGAUUUAUGAAGAUAUACUUUAUGAAAAGUAAUCUCGCCUGCCUAAUUUAGCCAACUAUCGAACAAUUCUACACAAUAACAUGAAUAAUAAAGUUAAGGCACUCCCCCCUGGAGACAGGAGGAGACUAUCCGUACUUAACAUAGUGUAAGACAAGUUUAAAGAACUUACUAUCUAAGAGGUUAAUCUGUUGAUCUGUCAACACGAACUCUCCGAAAAGUUCUACAUCUAUUUUUCAGGUACAACUCACAAUGUAACUUUAGAUUCUGAAUGGAUUCCAUGCAGCAAAUGUUGUCAAUCCCCAAUAUUCUUGGUUUUAAGUCCGCAAGCACAAAAAACAGACAUAUUUUGUUGUCAAUGUUCUCGAAAUCUAUAAAAUCCCCCUUAAUCAGCCUUUCAGAGCACUACUCUUAUUCCUAAACAAUCAUUUUCACAAUAUGGACAUUCAUUGUAGGAGCAGAGGGAAAGACAAAAGGUGAGCAGGAUGAUAAUAUCAGGAAAAUAUCGAAAGGUUAACUUGAAGGAAAUAUAUAACGAAGUCUAAGAACCUUAGUAGAAGGAGGAAUCUUUCAAUAUUGAAUUCCCUGUCAAAGAGAAACAAUAAGAGAGCACUAUUUUAGAGUUGAAAGACUUAAUUAAUGAAUUAUUCUGAUUUAAUUAUAC